AUGGCACCAGUAAGAUGUGUUCGUACUGCAGCAGCAUUAUUAUUAUAUAACGGUUACAAUAAAAAAAAUAAAAAGAGGCGAAGGUUUUGGGUACGAGAUUGGAUAUUACGUAGAGAAAAAUAUGGGGCCUACAACAAGCUCAUUCGUGAGCUGAAAAUUGAAGAUGCACAACAGUUUAAAAAUUUUAUUCGCAUGUCAGCAGUCGACUUUGAGGAACUUUUAUCAAAAGUGGGUAGAAUAAUUCAAAAGGAAGAUACUCAUUUACGUGCUUCGAUUUCCCCUAGUGAACGUCUUAUGGUGACAUUACGCUUUCUUGCUACUGGCGACUCCCACCAGUCACUAAUGUACCUCUUCAGAAUUCCAGCGUGCACAAUGAGUGGCUUUAUUCCACAAGUCUGCUCAGCACUGUACCAAGAACUGAAGGAUACUUACUUAAAGAUUCCCUUAACAAAGGAAGAAUGGCUUGGACACUCAAAAAAAUAUUUGCAUAGAUGGAACUUCCCUCAUUGUAUUGGCGCCCUGGAUGGAAAACAUAUAGUUAUGCAGGCGCCAAAGAAUAGUGGAAGUUACUAUUAUAAUUAUAAAAAUACACACAGUAUUGUAUUAUUGGCUUUAGUUGACGCCAGUUAUACAUUUACCUAUGUGGACGUUGGUUGUAACGGACGAAUAUCAGAUAGUGGCGUGUUUAAUAAUUGUACACUCAGUUCAGCUUUAAUGAACAACGAGUUGGAUUUACCACAACCUUCUCCACUGUCAGGGAGAGAAAAACCAAUGCCAUAUGUAAUUGUCGCAGAUGAUGCAUUUCCAAUGAAAUCAUAUCUAAUGAAACCAUUUCCUUACAAGGAUCAGCCUGGUCCAAAUCGCGUUUUUAAUUAUCUCUUAUCCAGAGCACGAAGAAUAGUGGAAAAUGCGUUUGGAAUCAUCGCUAAUACAUUUAGAAUAUUAAGAAAGCCAAUAUUGCUGGAACCGGAAAAAGUAAAGAAAAUUGUACUGGCUAUAUGUACAUUGCAUAAUUUUUUAAUGAAACGAAAAGACUCCGCAGGUAGAUAUGCUCCGGCAGGUUCUUUUGAUACGGAAGAUGAAGAUACGCAUGCUGUUGUCAAUGGGUCAUGGCGACGUGAUUCUGGUACGCCCACAGAUAAUUUAUUACCACUUCAGAGAUGUGUACAACAAAAUUAUUCUACCGAAGCUAAACUUGUGUGCAAUGAAUUUAAAGAAUAUUUUAUAUCUGUUAACUGGCAAUAUAAAUAUAUAUAA